AGUGACUUUUCCUCGUUCCAGUUUAUAAUGAGUUAGAGCGCCUCUGCUGGGAGUGUAACAAAACCGCUCAGCUCCAAGUUGUCACCGCUGACCUGGAAUCAGUUUCACCGUUCCCCUGCUCCCAGAAACAUCUUAAAACUGACCGGAGACCAGCUCAGCCAACUCCGAGUAACGAGUGAGGCGCUCCGCUGCAUCUUCUCUACCGGCAACGUGGCAACACUCAACACUCAGAGGUUGCACUUUCUCCCCACAUGUAACUAACAAUCCGAGGACGCGGUCAGUGAUGUGGACCCGACCCAGAAAAGACUGACACUAUAUGUUUUUAUGAAUCAUCCUGAAGAUGGACGUGAUUUCCUCUUUUUCCAGCUGUGUGAGACUGCAGCUGUCAAACUCCUCAGGGCGUGCUCCACUGUUUACUCUCAGGCUGGGAUACACGCAGCAAGGAUUAUCCAAACCCUGAAUGAGAUGAUUCUGAUUUGAAAGAAGCAUUUGGUGGCUGAGGCAGGCUGAUCUGUGUGACAUCAUGGAUCACAGGGGUCACCCCCGGCCCGACGCUGGCCGUCACUCCCACAGAAGCAAAGACAGAGAGGACUACUACAGGUAUGCUCAGCAGGACAGGGACCAGAGCUACCCACCAGCGAACCCCAGAGAGAGGGACAGGCACUGGGCUCAGGCCGAUGCCCGCUACAGGGGUCACUUCACCGGGCCCCCUGCCAGACCGGACCAGUAUAUUCACAACCCUCAGCAGUAUCCUUAUGGCUAUGGCCAUCUGGAACACCAAAGACCCCAGUCCAGGCAUGGGUAUGAAUAUCCGCCCCACAGCCACUGGGACUACAGAGACAGCUACGGUUAUUAUGAGCAUGACUACUACAGAGGACAGCAUGCACGACAAGAUGCUGGCCAGUGGGGGCCCCAGGACCCUGUGAGAGCGGGAUAUUACCAUGACAGAACAUACAAGCAGGAACAGUCAGGGAGCUCCUACGCUGAGGAGUACAGGUAUGAUCAAGGCACAGACCACUCCCAGCAUUACCUCAACGACUACGAGGAUAAUCCCUCCAGAGACAAUGAAGAGUUGUCCUCUUAUUACCAGGGGACAUUAGAAAGUUCCAAAAACUCAGGGUUAUCCUCCAGCAGCUAUGAGCUGAGUCAGUACAUUAACGGAGCAGAGCACAACGAGCCUGACCCUCAGUCUCUUCACACAGAGCAUGGAGCUGUGCAUCAGGUGUCAGCUCCUCUGAAGUACUCCAUCCCUCAUGCGGUUGUCAGCUUUGGGCCGGCAGGCCAGCUUAUACGGGUCAGCCCAGGGUUGUCCACACAGGAAAAUGUCAGCCAGGUGGAAAUCCACAGUCUGGAAGUAAUUCUGGGUGAGACAAAGGAACAGCAGGAGAUGAGAAACUUCCCAGGGCCUUUAGCCAGGGAGGAUUUGCACAAAGUAGAUGCUAUAGAGUUUGCCCACCAGAGGGCAGGCGCCUGCCUGAGAGCUGACCAGCUGCCUGAUAAGAGAUCUGCUGUCCUCCUGUGGAACCUACUGAUCCUGCUCUGCAGACAGAAUGGACAAAUAGUUGGCUCAGAUAUCGCUGAGCUGCUGAUGCAGGGUUCCCAUUCAGAUGGAAGCUGGGUGGCAGAUCCUCCCACGCUCAUCGACUUCAGUGACAGCACAACUGCCGAAGCACCGCCUAGCAGAGGAGACGAUGACCUGCUCACAGGAGACUCAAGCAGCUUCAGCUCUGAGGCCUCUGCCAAGGCCCUGCAAAGCUACACUAAACUGCUGCUGGCUGGAAGAAAGAAGGAGGCCUUGGAGUCAGCGAUGAGCAGCAGCCUGUGGGGACAUGCACUUUUCCUAGCUAGCAAAAUGAACAACAGGACUUACACCACUGUGCUGAACAGGUUUACAGGCCAGCUAACAGCCAGUGAUCCCCUCCAGACUCUCUUCCACCUGCUGACUGGCAGAAUCCCGGCUGUAGCCAUGUGCUGUGGAAAUGAAAAAUGGGGAGACUGGAGGCCCCAUCUGGCUGUCAUGCUCUCCAAUGAGACAGGAAGUCCCUCCGUCCAACAGCAGGCCAUAGUCACCAUGGGGGACACUCUCGCCUCUAAAGGCCUGCUACAUGCCGCCCAUGUCUGCUACCUGACGGCCAGCGUUCCCUUCGGGGUGUUCACACAGAAGGCAGAGAGGCUGGUGCUGCUCGGUAGCAGCCACAGACAAUCAUUUGAAUGCUUUGCCACAAACCUUGCCAUCCAGUGCACGGAGUUAUAUGAGUACUGCCAGACGCUUGGGGGCAAAUCCCUUUUGAUGCCAUCCUUUCAGGUUUACAAGUUCCUGUAUGCCACUCGCCUGCUGGACUGUGGGCUCGCAUCUCAGGCAUUUCAUUACUGCGAGGUGGUGGGACAAGUGAUUCUCAGACAGAGGGAGCCUUUCUUUGUGCUGACUGGAGAAGUUAUUAAGCUGUCCGACAGGCUGAGACACUCUGAGGGUCAGUUCAAUGAAGCAGGUGUUAGCGGAGCUGCGCAGGAACCUGACUGGCUCAGGCUGCUCCGUGCGAGGCACCACAGUUUACAGACAGGGACCUACGACUGUACUGAAAUAUACCAUCCAUCUCCUGAGGGAAGAGCUCUGGCCCACGAGGAUGGCAAAGUGAUCUUAGAAUCAGACUUGGAUGACCUAAACCGUGACAUCCAGAGUCCAGAACCUGAACUCCUUUAUUACAGAGGCCCAGAUGAUCAAGAAGGCCUCGAGCAUCAAGUUGAAGGAAUCACUGAAGGAAUGAAUGUGUUGUCGUGGGAUGUUAGCGGAGCUCAGGACUGGCCUCAUGCCAAUUCUGCGAUGCCAGUAACGCUGGUUUAUGCUCCCCCAGUGCCCACAGUAGCUGCGAGCCAAGACUUCAGUUAUCAUAACACAGAUAGUGCUGAAGUCAGAAGUGACUCACCACAUUGUCCUCUGCCAUCAGCCGCAGAGGGGGCUGGGUCAUCCUCUGGAGCUGGCACAAUGGGGGCUCAGAUGCUGGGAGUCGACUUCAGUCAGCACGGGCAAAGCCAGCAGAGCAUCCCGCAAGGUUUAGAGGCCUCCGAGCAGACUGAUGAGCCUCCUAAACAGAGCACCAAGGCCGGAUGGUUCAGUGGUUGGUUCAAAUCAAAACCCAAAGAUGUUCAAAACGAAGGCUCAGAGCAGAGAAGCCCAGCUCCGAUGGGGCCACCACCCACCACAGGCUUCUGUCCUCCUCCCCCGCCUGCCUUUGCUUCUCCUGGCCCGUUUCCUUCGCAGCCCUCCUCUGCUGGGAUCAACCCCUUUUCACGAAAAGCAGGCCAGCAGCUGGGGUAGAAACAGUGUCGAGACCACUAGCCUGUAUCACAGGAUCACUCACAUCACUAGGGGAUAUCACACUACCCACCACUUACAGUGCCUUUAUGUCUAAUGAGAGCUUCACCUGAACUUGGACGAACACCAGUAAUAUCCAUUCCCCUCCCCACUGCCCACAUUUCCUUUUAAAGGAUGUCCUUUCAAACCCCCACAGCCUGCUCAACAUCACGUUGCGCAUUAGAUACAGAAAUACUCUGACAUAGUAACUCAUAUUGCAGCGAGUGAAACAGCUGAUAUGUGCUUUCUAAAAGCUGACAGUGGGGAUGUUACCAGUGGGUGCAGGACGGGACAUAGUUGGGGGAGGGGAUGUCUUAAUUGACCCCAGUAACCAUUUAUGUAUGAAGAAUUUGACCGGGUUCAUCGAUGCCAGCAACACCCUGCGACUGCGAACCACCUGUGUACAUGAGUGUCUGUGCUAUAUGCUGCACUCUAUUUAGAGGUAUAAAUCCAUACAUCAGUUAUCUUUUUAUGAUCAAAUGUCUAUACACUAAACACAGUUAUCCAAUAAUUAAAAAUGCAUAUAUAAAUGGGAUCUAAAUGAAAUGUAAUCCAAUGCUUGAGUCAUUUCGAGCCUCACAGGAGCCAUUUUUAAUCUUCCAAGCAGCCUGGCACUGCAGGCUGGGAAAUUAUGGCACAAUAUCUGGUUAUGUUUACCUGUAGCGUGUUAUUUUAUUUAUAUAUAGGACAUAUAUUUUUAAUAAAAAGUGUGCUGCCAGGAUGGGUGAUACCACAUGGUGUGAGGGGGAGGGGAGAUUGGGAAAGACCUCGACCAGGCCAGCACCCAACAUACUCUGCACCCCCUACACUUAUAGGAACAAAGUGUUUAUGUGCUGAUAUUUGCAAUGCCUCUAUCUGAGAAAGGGCGAAAAUGUAUAGCCCUGUUAUAUAAAUACUAUAUAAGCAAUGUGUAGGCUCCUUUAAUGUAUAUAAAUCACACAGUAAUAUAUGUUUAUGGAUUACAUUUUAUAACAAUGUUUGUAUAACUGUCUCACCUUGGAAACAUGUUUUAAUGUAACUGAGAUUUUUUAUACCUCCGUCAUAUAGCUUUGUGCUCUACUGUUUAUGUUCAUGAUUUUUUUGUACCUCUUCCAACACAUGAAGUGUAUUGAUUAACAGUCUAUCCGUGCAAUUUGUGCCCGACACAUAUUGAAUAAAAACAUCUUGCCAAGAAAUAUCUGGGAUUCCAAACAGGGCCUCUCACUUAAUUUAGAGCAAGUGACAACAUGGCAGGUGCCGUCUCCUUUUACGAUUAGUCUGCAGUAGCCAAGUUUGAGGGGGGCACAGUGCCAAUAAUGUGUCGGAGCAUAAACACAUUCAGAAUGGAUAGCUACAUGACAGAAAGCUUCAAAUGGCAUCCAGACAAUCUCUCCGGAAAGUCAAAUUCUGACCUGUUACUCUUUUGGCAGAUAUGGAAUUUCUUGUGAUGUCAUUAAAACAAUUUUAUUUCAAA